CAAUCAAGCACUACUACUCCUAAAACCUCCUAAACCUUUCAAUUAAGCCACAAGAUUAAUCAAUAACCAUGGCUUCCACCACUAAUCACCUCUCCUCAUCAAUUCAAUUCACCAUAGCAAGAAGGUUCCUCCACUCCUCCCCGGCGCCGGCGGCGGAGCCGUACAACAGCACGACCGACAGCACGUUCGAUGCGAACGUGGUGAUGGUCCUCUCCGUCCUCCUCUGCGCCCUCAUCUGCUCUCUCGGCCUCAACUCCAUCAUCCGCUGCGCCUUGCGCUGCUCCAACAACCUGGUCGCCGCCGACGAUCAGUCCUCCGGCGCCGGCGCCACCAAACUUGCCAACACCGGGAUCAAGAAGAAGGCGCUCAAGACCUUCCCCACGGUCAGCUUCUCCGACCAGCUGAACCUGCCCGGGCUCGACGCCGAGUGCGUCAUCUGCCUGUCGGAGUUCGCCGCCGGCGACCGGGUCAAGAUCCUGCCCAAGUGCAACCACGGCUUCCACGCCAAGUGCAUCGACAGGUGGCUCGGUUCACACUCUUCCUGCCCAACCUGCCGCCACUGCCUCAUCCAGACCUGCCAGAAAAUCGUCGGUUUCUCCCCGCCGGCGACAGUUCCGGCGCCGGCUCCGUCUCCGGCGACUGUUGUGGUUGUGGCCGAGGGGGUUGAUACCGGUUCCGCUUCUAGUCCUCCUUCUACUUCUCUUCCGCAGCCAUCACCGGUGCCGGAAGCGGCGGCGCCGGCGGGAGCAGUCGUGAUCAGCAUGCCGCCGUUGGAACCAGAAGGUUUGGUACGAGGUUACAGAGGAGAUAACUAAAAAGCCCAAAUUCGUUGCUUUGGAGAAGCCUGAGAUCGAACCAGGAGCUGCGGGACUACACGGAGUCCGAAUUGGACUAAACAAUGUGAAAUCUCCAUUAAUGAAGCUCUGCUGGCGGAAGGAAGAAGAACAGAGCUGGAAAAGAGCUUCCUUUCACUUAAAAAGCCAAAACAGAGCGAAGAAGACAAAGCCAGGAUGCGGCGUCGUUCCGCUAAAGUGGUGAGACUCCACAAGAUGGAACGGCAUCGCAUAGCUGCAGUUGUAAUUAGUUUAGAUAAUUAGCUAAUGAAUGCUAUAGGUCACUUGAUACAACGAUGAUUGGUUAGCUUGACUAUUUAGUUAAGUGAUUGUAAAUGUAGAUAUAUAAUCUACAAAGCUCACAUAGAGUGAAAGGACAUAUCAGGAAUUUCCACAAUCGUUUGACUGUCGCCUUUUACCUCUUUCAAUUUUUCAAAUCCUAGUUGGCACGACUGUUUCUCUGCGGAUCAGAAAAUGGGAGGAUUCGACAAUGUAGGAAAAUGAAACACACGCACAUGACACAUGAUUUACGUGGUUCACAAACACAAUGUGUGUUAGCUAGUCCACAAGCAGGAGAGAGCCAGUUUCACUAUACUUCGAGAAUAUACACGAUUUAAGGUGCUUCUCCUAGGUCUAACCCUAAUACAAUAUGGUAAUGGACAAACGGUUACAAUCAGGCCCAGAACACGAAUCCAAAUAACAUUGAGCACAUAUACCGUGGGCCGGGGGCAUUGCCCCUUGACCCCACUCGAUGGCCAGGCAGCGAGACCCCCCGUCGUAGCGGCUAAUAGUCUGAAUCAAGUCACAUCAACACUAGCAUUCUCUGAAUUAGGUUAAAACUUUCUCAUUGUAUCGGAGUUUGGUUGGCUACUGAAUACCUUCCUCCCAUCUAAAUCUCCCUUCUCACUUUCUGAUUCUCACACAUGGCGACUGGGAUCUGACGACACAAAUCAAGAGAUCGUUCUUCCUUGUUAUGAAGACCCUUACAGUAACCGCUACUAUUUGGCGCAGAGCGAAUUUCUUUCCACAGAUCAUCGACUUCAAACUCAAUAAUGACUACUACAUUAUGUGGAGUGAGUUCAUGGAGGAUGCUCUUCACACACACCCAAAAAAAAAAAAGAUGGAUUUUAUCCUAGGCAUGAUUUAGGUACCAGACAUCUCUGAUCCUAGUAUGGAACAUGGGAUAGGGUGAAUGAAACAGUUGUUUGUUGGAUCUGAAACUCAAUUUCUGAUGAUAUUGUGCCUAGGCUAAGAAACAUCAAAGUAGCAUCUCUUAAGCUUGGAAUUUAAUCAUGUCGAAGUUUAGUCAAGGUGGCUCUAUUAGAAUUGCUAAUGUAGAUGAGAAAAUUGACAUUGCAAAGCAUUUAAAUCAAACAAUUAAGCAAUAUUAUACCUUUUUAAAGUUGUUGUGGGAUGAACAUGAUAGUUGUAUGUCUAUACCCUAACUGUGAUUGUGCCUCUAGGGCUUAGGAAAACACCAUUAAAUAUCGAGAACAAGGGAAAGUUAUAAUGAGAAAUACCAACAAGUGAAAACCCAUAUGUUGAUGGCUGAAUCAUGUCCUCAUCUCUCAAAGGAAGAUUGGUUUAAUCCACAUAUAUAGAGAAUAGAGGGCUUGCCUACUUGGAGAUAUACCCAAUGCCUGAAGAGAAUUGGAAACCUCAUGUGUUCUUUAGUGAACACCAAACAAAGCUAAGAGCUAUGGCAAUGCCAAACUAUAACACCUAUCAUUGCAAAUACAAUAAGAAAUUAAAU